UGGGAUUCUUCCUAUUUUUACAGAGAAGAGAAGAAUACUGGUCAUUCCAUACAUGCCCUGAUUGUAGAGACCAAUCGCACUGCUCAUGCAGCAAAGAUAAACGAGACCCAAAUGCUUCAUGAUUCAUCCCGAGAAGAGGAGAAUCUGAAAAUUUUGUCAUGUAUUGCUCUCCCUGUCCUUGUUUUGGGACUUUUCAGCAAUGGAGCUAUUUUCUGGUUUCUCUGUUGUAAAAUCAAAAAGACAAAAUACACCGUAUACGUGCUGAAUUUAGCCAUUGCUGAUUUCACUGUCCUCUUCUGUUACAUCUCAUACUUCGUUAUCCAUCUAGUUAUAUGGGAUAGCCCUGGUCUGGAUCCAUACUUCUAUUGGGUAUUUCAAUGCUUGACUUUUUUUGGAUUCAACACCAGUUUUUUCCUUUUGACGGCAAUUAGCGUGGAAAGGUAUGUGGGCACUUUUUUCCCACUCUGCUAUCGUUUCAAUCGGCCAAAGCAUCUUUCUACCAUACUGUGCACUCUCCUCUGGGUCCUCUCCUGUAUCAUGGUUGGAAUAGACUAUAUAUGUUGGCAGGAAUAUACCUCUUCCGGAACUAUACACCCUACAAAUAUAUUCAUUACAAUCAUUUUCAUGCUAUUUUUGCCAACUAUGGUCUUUUGUAGCUUCAGCCUGUUUGUCAAAAUAUCAAGACACUCACAAUCAAAGACUCCAGCUCGGUUUUAUCGUACCAUUGUUAUCACAGUCAUUCUAUUUCUCAUCUUUGCUGUGCCACACAAAAUCUUAUGUCUGAUGGAAUACAUGCAGCCCGCAAUGGAAUUAAAUUGGACCAUCAUUCAUAGUUUUUUUUUGCUUAAUUUAAUCAACAGCAGCCUCAAUCCUUUUGUUUACUUUUUCGUUGGAAGACAGAAAGAGCAGCGAUCCAAGGAUUCCCUGCAUGCAGUGAUCUAUAGAUCCUGCAAUGAUGAAACCCUGGAUCAUACAAGCAGUGGACAAGUGGCAUGAACACUCAUUCUUGCUAAAAGAAGCUUUCUACAGAUCCAUUUGGUGGAAAUUGAAAUUCAUUCAAAUGGCUACUGAGGGAUGUUGACCUGGGCUUAUCUUGAUUAUUAGCCAGUUUACCUAUAUUUGUCUGUUUUUGAUCUUUUUUUUUUUUGCUUGGUGAAGUAAGAGACAUAGUUAUCCAACAGCCAAUUUGUUUGUUAUUCAGCGCUACAGGACCUUGCUAGCUGUAUAAUUGUGGCAGGAGACAACUCCCUCCACUUUGAGAUUAUUUCUCCCCUAGUGUUUUUAUA